AUGGUAUACCAGGAUCACUUGACGAAAUUCGUCGUUCUGAAUGCAUUAAAAACAAAACGCGCAGAAGAGGUAGCACAUCAUUUAGUUCGGAUAUUUUUGACCUUUGGUGCCCCGUGCUUGUUGCAUUCCGAUAAUGGAAGAGAAUUCGUGAACUCUAUUAUCAGCGAGUUGAAAAUAUUGUGGCCUGAACUGAUAUUAGUCCACGGAAAACCUCGACACAGUCAAUCACAAGGCUCUGUCGAGAGAGCAAACCAGGAUAUAGAAAAUAUGAUAGUGACGUGGCUAAUAGAUAACAAUACUAACAGAUGGGUCGAUGCUCUCUGA